GACCUGUUUGUGAAAAACAGCUUGCAGUCUGAGUUUUGAGUUGGUCGGAGUAGUACUAUGUAACCUGAUGUAACUUUGUGAUAAUUGUGACUUAAGUGUUCACUAUGUCAGAGAAACGAAUUAAAAGUAAUACCGUUCCUGUAAUGUUAAUCUUCAAAGAUUCGCUGCAUUUCAUGUCAAUGGGCAUUUGCAGAUAAUGUGAGAUAAUUUUUCUUUCAUUGUGCGAUCGUAAUGUUUACACAUUCUCUAAUUGUGUUAAAGGAAACUGUGAAAGUUGUGCAGUAAACAAAUAAAGCUUUGUCUAUUAUUUACAAAACAAUUUCAAAAUGAGUGAAAACGAAUCUAUGUACGGGACAACUUUGUCCCAAGAGUCUAUAAAAGUGAUAGCGGAAAGUAUUGGCGUUGGCAACUUUCCUGACGAAGCUGCAAAAGAUCUUGCGGAGGAUGUCAGUUACAGGCUAAAAGAAAUUAUUCAGGAUGCUGCAAAAUUUAUGAGACAUGGAAAACGUCAACGAAUGACUGCACACGACAUAGAUCAUUCACUAAAGAUAAAGAACAUUGAGCCAACAUAUGGAUUUUUCGCGAAGGAUUACAUACCAUUUCGCUUUGCAUCAGGUGGCGGUAGAGAAUUGCAUUUUGUAGAGGAGAAAGAAAUUGAUCUUAACGAGGUUGUAGCUACAGCUGGUGGACAGUCGUGGCCGAAGCUACCUUUGGAAAUUACGUUACGAGCUCAUUGGUUAUGCAUUGAUGGAGUACAACCUACCAUACCAGAAAAUCCACCGCCAGUAUCAAAAGAAGUCCAGAAAUUGGAGAGUGUUGAUCCAACAACCAAGCUAUCCAGCAAGAAUCAAAAUAUCGGCGUUGGUAAACCAGGUGGCGGUGGCAAAAGUCAGAAGUUACGGAAUGUUGAAACUGUUCACGUUAAGCAACUCGCAACGCAUGAACUCAGCGUGGAACAGCAAUUGUACUACAAAGAGAUAACGGAAGCAUGCGUCGGAUCCGACGAAGCUCGUAGAGCCGAGGCUCUUCAAUCGCUCUCGGCGGAUCCGGGUUUACACGAGAUGUUGGCACGUAUGUGCACCUUUAUUGCGGAGGGUGUACGAGUCAACGUAGUGCAGAAUCAUCUUGCACUACUCAUCUACCUCAUGCGGAUGGUCAAAGCCCUACUCGAUAACCCGAGUCUUUACUUAGAGAAAUAUCUUCACGAAUUGAUACCGUCGGUUGCAACUUGCAUAGUAUCUCGACAGCUGUGCAUGAGACCGGAGGUAGACAAUCAUUGGGCAUUGCGUGAUUUUGCUUCCCGAUUAAUGGCGCAAAUAUGUAAAAACUUCAACACCUCUACGAAUAAUGUGCAAACUAGAGUCACUCGUAUGUUUAGUCAAGCAUUGGCGAAAAAUAGUCAGACACCAUUGGCAUCUCUAUAUGGGGCAAUUGAAGGACUUUGUGAACUAGGACCAGAAGUGAUCAAAGCUUUGGUUAUUCCUAAAAUUAAGUCCAUCUCUGAGCGUAUUGAAUCAUGCAUCGAAGGUCAGGGGCUCUCCAGUGUGGACAAAAAUGGAGCAGGACAUAUCAAGACUUUGCUUGUGAAAUCAGUUGCACCAGUCUUGAAAACAAUACGAUCGCCACCAGAUUACGUGGAGGAGUACAAACAUGAUUAUGGCUAUAUAGGACCUGCAUUGUGCACUGCAGUCGCAAAAGCUCGUACACAACCAGCUGCUUUAACGACCACAACUACAACUACGGCACUCACCACGAAUCAGCAGCAAGGGUCCAAUUGCACAGGAAAAACACUCGUACAGACAGUAAGCAGUUCGAGUUCAGGUCAGCAACCCGGCCGCACAUUCAUGCUUGGUACAAGCAGAGGCGCUACCGGAACCUCCGCCACUGGUGGACAGAAAUUUGUUAUCUUGCAAUCACGUUCGCAGACACCUACCAUCUCCAACAUAAAUACUACUAUCAAUACAAGUGCGAUCCAGCAACAGCAGCAGCAACAGCAGCAGCAGCAGCAGACGCAGGCACAAACACAACCACAACAGCAACCACAACAACAGCAACAAGUUAAACUGGCGCAAACUAAUGUCACUCAACAGAAACCACAUGUACAAAGUUCUACACCGAAGUUAGUUGUAGUAUGUAUGGCUGCCAGCAGUCAUACUAAUACAUCAGUGACACAGCAAGGAAAUUUAACGACAAAAACGCAAAGUGUUUUUGUCACGCAACAAAGUGUCGAAAGGUCACUUAGUCCAGAGGAGGAACAGUCGUUUCAGUGAAAGUUUAUAUAUAAACUAUAUAAGUGAUAAGAAAUGAAAAUAGAACUUCCAAAUACUUCCUUUUAUAGUUAAUACAUUUUUUUAGAAUAAGAGAAAAUAUUUCUAAAUAAAAAAUAAAGAUUUAUAAAAAAUAAAGAUACUAACUAAAGAAA